CAGGAAACUUAUAGCUUGGAAUCAUCUCGAGAACUUCUAUACUUCGAAGUCCAUGGAUGUGGUACUUUUUGAGGCAAUCCAAGUAAAGUCGAUGAUGUCACAAUAUCACAACAUCAGACCCACCAACUCCAUCUGUGUUUCUAGUGUGGGGGGCGAGCAUAGCUUCCACCCUGAUUUCACAUAAUCCAUACAAUCGAUGAUGAUACCGACUGGGUAAGAUUACCAACCUGCAUAAGUUAAAAAUCGAUAUCGAGGCGUACAAAAGCUUGGAGCUCUAGAAGGCCAUGCAUCGUGGGAAGUUUCCAUCUUCGUCCUGCUACAAGUUGAGUUCUUUCCGUAACUGCCAGAUGAAGCGGCAAAGAAAGAGGGAAAAUUUUAAAUCCGAAUUUAAGCAUUUUCCUCCUCGGUUCGUGCAUUUCAGGUGAAGUUCUUCCUCUUUCUCGGUGCGCUUCGGGGAUCGAGUGCUCCCUGCGUCUGCAUAUGCGCUGUCAUAAUCGAGAGCUAGUCUCAUUCGCUCUCGAUUCGGCGACCCGAGGUGCGAGCACUGAAAAAGGCCAACAAGACCUGAAAAUAAAGCAUCCAAUGGAUUGGCAGUUCCAUCUCUUCGUUUUUCAAGAAAGGGGCGAACAGGACAGAUCAUGCGGAUCCUUGCUCUAUGCGCCUUCCUGUAACUCUGGGUUAUAGGUGAUGUCUGUCUAUUUAUUCGGACAUUUAUAUUAUCGUGGGUUGGAAGGAAUGAAUGUAUUUUUUCUUCUGCGGGCUUGAGAACGUGCAAUACC